AUGCCAACGCACUUGAUAGGCGCAAUCCUCGGGAGUCAGUGCACGGAGAUCAAGGAUAGCAAGGGCAAGAUAAAACGGGGCCAAACAAGGCUCUAUCGGAUUCUAAUCGCAGAAUCAGCCCAUCUAAUUUGGAAGAUACGGUGCCAGAGGGUAAUAAGAGAUGGGAAUCGACCCCUGACGCAAAAGGAAAUAAGGAACCGGUGGAAAGCCACCAUGAACGCCCGACUUAAGAUGGACUGCCGCAUGGCGGACAAAGCUAAGUUCGGCGCAAAAGCGGUGAAUACUGACCUAGUCCUAGAGACAUGGUCCGGAACACUGCAAAACGAAAGCCUCCUACCCGACGACUGGGUGGGCUGGUGCGGGGUUUUAGUGGGUAUGGACCCAGAAUAA